UCAGGGCAACCUGGCCUGGGUGCUUCCCGCCGGCGCGAUGGAGGACGAAGGCCCUGAGUGCGGCAAGCCCGACUUUGUGCUUUUGGACCAAGUGACCAUGGAAGACUUUAUGGAGAACCUGAAGCUCAGGUUCGAGAAGGGCCACAUUUACACGUACAUCGGUGAGGUGCUGGUGUCCGUGAACCCCUACCAGGAGCUGCCCCUGUACGGGCCCGAGGCCAUCGCCAGGUACCAGGGCCGCGAGCUCUAUGAGCGGCCGCCCCACCUGUACGCCGUGGCCAACGCUGCCUACAGGGCGAUGAAGCAACGGUCCAGGGAUACCUGCAUUGUUAUCUCAGGGGAGAGCGGGGCAGGGAAGACAGAAGCCAGCAAGCACAUCACGCAGUACAUGGCCGCCGUCACCAACCCUAGCCAGAGGGCCGAGGUGGAGAGAGUCAAGGACGUGCUGCUCAAGUCCACCUGCGUGCUGGAGGCCUUCGGCAACGCUCGCACCAACCGCAACCACAACUCCAGCCGCUUCGGCAAGUACAUGGACAUCAACUUUGACUUCAAAGGAGACCCCGUGGGGGGACACAUCCACAGCUACCUGCUGGAGAAGUCUCGGGUCCUCAAGCAGCACGUGGGCGAGAGGAACUUCCAUGCCUUCUACCAGGUGCUGCGGGGCUGUGAGGACAAGGAGCUGCAAGAACUGCACCUGCAGAGAAACCCUGCGCUGUAUAAUUUCACCCGCCAGGGGGCGGGGCUCAGUGUCUUGGACAGCGACGAGAAGAGCCACCACCAGGCGGUGACGGAGGCCAUGCGGGUGAUCGGCUUCAGUCCUGAGGAGGUGGCGUCCGUGCACCGGAUCCUGGCCGCCAUUCUGCACCUGGGAAACAUCAAGUUUGUGGAGCUGGAGGAGGGCAGUCUGGAGCAGAGGCGCCUGGCGGUGACUGAUGAGGUGCUGGUGGACCACGUGGCUGAGCUGACGGCCACACCCCGGGGGAUGGUGCUGCGCUGCCUGCUGGCUCGCACCGUGGCCUCGGGAGGCAGGGAACUCAUCGAGAAGGGCCACACUGCGGCCGAGGCCAGCUAUGCCCGGGACGCCUGUGCCAAGGCAGUGUACCAGCGGCUGUUUGAGUGGGUGGUGGACCGGAUCAACCGUGUCAUGGAACCCCGGGACCGGGACCCCCGGCGCGACGGCAAGGACACAGUCAUCGGCGUGCUGGACAUCUACGGCUUCGAGGUGUUCCCUGUCAACAGCUUCGAGCAGUUCUGCAUCAAUUACUGCAACGAGAAGCUGCAGCAGCUCUUCAUCCAGCUCAUCCUGAAGCAGGAGCAGGAGGAAUACGAGCGGGAGGGCAUCACCUGGCAGAGCGUGGAGUACUUCAACAACGCCACCAUCGUGGACCUGGUGGAGCGGCCCCACCGGGGCAUCCUGGCUGUACUGGAUGAGGCCUGCAGCACCGCGGGCCCCAUCACUGACCGGAUCUUCCUGCAGACCCUGGACACGCACCACCGCCACCACCCACACUACACCAGCCGCCAGCUCUGCCCCACAGACAAGACCAUGGAGUUUGGCCGAGACUUCCGGAUCAAGCACUACGCAGGGGAUGUCAUGUACUCGGCGGAGGGCUUCAUUGACAAGAACAGAGACUCCCUCUUCCAGGACUUCAAGCGGCUGCUGUAUAACAGCACGGACCCCACCCUGCGGGCCAUGUGGCCAGAUGGGCAGCAGGACAUCACAGAGGUGACCAAGCGCCCCCUGACAGCCGGCACACUCUUCAAGAACUCCAUGGUGGCCCUGGUGGAAAACCUGGCCUCCAAGGAGCCCUUCUACGUCCGCUGCAUCAAGCCCAAUGAGGACAAGGUGGCCGCGAAGCUGGACGAGGGCCACUGUCGCCACCAGGUCGCAUACCUGGGGCUGCUGGAGAACGUGAGGGUCCGCAGGGCCGGCUUCGCUUCCCGCCAGCCCUAUUCUCGAUUCCUGCUCAGGUACAAGAUGACCUGUGAGUACACGUGGCCAAACCACCUGCUGGGCUCCGAUAGGGCGGCCGUGAGCGCCCUCCUGGAGCAGCACGGGCUGCAGGGGGACGUGGCCUUCGGCCACAGCAAGCUCUUCAUCCGUUCGCCCCGGACGCUGGUCACGCUGGAGCAGAGCCGCGCGUGUCUCAUCCCCAUCAUCGUGCUGCUGCUACAGAAGGCAUGGCGGGGCACGCUGGCCAGGCGGCACUGCCGGCGACUGAGGGCCAUCUACACCAUCAUGCGCUGGUUCCGGAGGCACAAGGUGCGCGCUCACCUGGCAGAGAUGCAGCGGCGAUUCCAGGCUGCACGGCAGCCCCCGCUCUACGGCCGUGACCUUGUGUGGCCGCCGCCCCCUGCUGUGCUGCAGCCUUUCCAGGACAUCUGCCAGGCGCUCUUCUGCAGGUGGCGGGCCCGGCAGCUGGUGAAGAACAUCCCCCCUUCAGACAUGGCUCAGAUCAAGGCCAAGGUGGCCGCCAUGGCGGCCCUGCAGGAGCUGCGACAGGACUGGGGCUGCCGGCGGGCCUGGGCCCGGGACUACUUGUCCUCCGCCACAGACAACCCCACAGCCUCAGGCCUGUUUGCUCAGCGACUGAAGACGCUUCGGGAAAAGGAUGGCUUCGGGGCCGUGCUCUUCUCCAGCCAUGUCCGAAAGGUGAAUCGCUUCAACAAAAGCCGGGACCGGGCGCUGCUGCUCACAGACCGGCACCUCUACAAGCUGGAGCCGGGCCGGCAGUACCGGGUGAUGCGGGCCGUGCCCCUGGACGUGGUGACCGGGCUGAGCGUGACCAGCGGGCGGGACCAGCUGGUGGUGCUGCACGCUCGGGGCUACGACGACCUGGUGGUGUGUCUGCACCGCUCCCGGCCGCCGCUGGACAACCGCAUCGGGGAGCUGGUGGGUGUGCUGGCCGCGCACUGCCAGGGGGAGGGCCGCGCCCUGGAGGUCCGCGUCUCCGACUGCAUCCCCCUGACCCAGCGCGGGGCUCGGCGCCUGGUCUCCGUGGAGCCCAAGCCGGAGCAGCCAGAGCCGGAUUUCCGCUGCAGCCGCGGUGCCUUCACCCUCCUGUGGCCGGGCUGCUGAGCUGGCCUACCGCCUGCACCGGGGCUUGGCCGAGGGGUUCUCCACCCGCACCCACACCGGGGAAAGAUCACAGUCUCGCUGUGCAAUAAAGGACGCUGAGUCUGUGA